AUAAGCCCCCCUUUGCAAAUGCGCCGUUGAUCUGAACACCUAAGGUACAUUACUAGUGCUUCGAGCCACGAGAUUUCCAAUCCUGCAUUCGCUCCUGCGAACCCCAUACCUGAUGCCGCGCUGAUAGUACCAUUGCCGACGGCACAAUGGACGACCUCGCUGGCUUGAGCUGGUCGGCGCCCAAGCAAGGAAAGCCAGCGCAACCGGCCGACGCGAAUCCCGGUGCCUCGACCUACCCUUCCUUGCGCCCGACCCCGUCCCCUUUCGCAUCCGGCCGCAACACCCCGUUGUCGGCGCAGGGAUCCGGCAACAUCGGACCAAAGUCCUCAAACCCCAAGCCCGCCCCGGACAGCUUCGGCAACUUACUCAACCUCGGCGCCGGAAAAAGCAGCGCGAAUCUAAGUCUACGCGAGCGGCAAGACCAGCUGGAAGCCGAGAAGAGGAGGAAAGAGGAGGAGAGGCGAAAGCAGGCACAAGUGCACUACGGCGAUGGACGCUUUUUUGACUCGCUUGGUCAAAACCAGUCGAGCUCUCUAAGGACAGCGUCUCCUGCGAUACCCGCCCCACCUUCGGCGACAGGGCCAAGUCCAGGGAUACAAAACGAUAAUCCGCCAGCCGACCCAGACGACGAUCUGUUCGCGGCCUUCAAUGCCAGCACCAAAGUGGAUAAUUCCAGUCACUACCCGCCGCCUGCGCCCUCGAGCAGCCCUUCGCCCACCAACGCCCCUCGCCUGGACCUCAGCAACCCACACGCAUGGAAUCAACCAUCAACAGAGGUCGGCGGAGGCUCUGGCGGCGAAGAUGAUGACCCAUUCGGGCUCAGUCAGUUCCAAAGCAAUGCUAAGCUGCCGCCUCCUCAACCCGCCGAUGAGGACGACGAUCUUCUAGGCGACCUGGGCAAACCGGUAGAUCAAGUCAGGAAGAAGACGGCGCCGGCAUUUGCACGCGAUCCCGAACCCGGAAAAGCUAUCGAGGACUCCUCCUCACAGUCCGAGGCCGAGCAGCCUGCUGCAUCCGACGAUCCUUUUGAUCGGGCUGUCGCCCAGCUGGUGGACUACGGGUUUACCCCUGAGAAUGCGAGGAGGGGGCUCACAGAGAGCGGGGCAGGCGUCGAUAUCCAGGCUGCCGUCAACUGGCUGCUAGAUGAUGCUCAUAGACAGGCAAAGGAGAAGAGCAUAGGUCGCGGAGGGGGGAGAGAGCAGCCUAGGGCGGCGGAAGCGCGAACCUCAAGUCGGCCCCGAAAUGGGACGCCGUCCUGGAUGAGAGAGGGGCCACCAGCCGAUGGUGCCAGAAGCAGAGACAACCGGUCACCAGCGUCUAUGGACGGCGAUUUUGCCAAGACUGCUGCUGCCGUGGGUUCAAGUUUCUUGAAGACGGCAAACAGUUUGUGGAAGACAGGGCAAAAGAAGGUACAGAAGGCGGUUGCCGAGUUCCAUCAGGACGGGGACCCCAACCAGCCAAAAUGGAUGCGGUCGGCUGCCCAAGAUCACCCUGGCGCUGGUGACCGACGCAGGCAAAUGGCUGAGGUCACCGAUGAGGCUUUGAUGCUGGAAGGGGGAGGACGACCAGGCGGCAGACCAGGGAGUUCCGCAUUCGAGCGUCACGCUCCUAGCGAAGCCCAGUCUCGUGACCGCUCGCCAGCUCUACCGGUUCGCCCCGGGCAGGUUAGCCAAGUGCCAAAAUGGCAACAAGCCUCACAGCAGUCCCUGGAUCCUCGGUCUCGGCUGGGCAGGCAGGCAGCCGAAGAAGAGAGCUUCCAAGCAUAUGUCAGCCCGGCCCGUAGGAAGAAGACUACUCCACAGCCGCAAGCGGAGACGAGAACGCCGGCAAAACCGGAGCCAGAUCUGCUCUUUGGUUCGGCCACGCCUUCGACAUCCAACCUUACACCUCCAGUGCGCUCGCCGCAACCAUCUCCGGCUCCUCGGGCCUCAAUCCGGCCGUCGCCGGCUUCAAAACCAGCACCAAUACGACCCGCUCGCCAGAUACCCAACAUUUCCACAACCGCGUUACAGAACUCGACCAAGUGUCGCGUCGAGGGCACUGCACACUUCAAGCGCGGUGACUUCGCGGCCGCCCAUGCCUCCUACACAGCCUCCCUUACAGCCAUCCCGCAAGACCACCCUUUGACCAUCGUGCUCCUCUGCAACCGCGCCCUAACGGCGCUCAAAACGGGCGAACCGCGCCAAGCAGUCGAAGACGCUGACACGGCCAUCCGACUGAUCGGGCCGGGCAAAGGGGAGGGCGAGCACGUCGAACUCCCAGGAAGCGGCGCCACUCCCAGCGAGAAGCGCGACAUGCGCGACCUGUAUGGCAAGGCCCUCACCCGCAAAGCCGAGGCGCUCGAACAAAUGGAGAAGUGGGCCGAUGCCGCCGCCGUCUGGCAGCUCUGCGUCGAAGCCGGGCUCGGCGGGGCGGCGGCCACAGCGGGGAGGCAGCGCUGCCAAAAGGCGCUCGCGCCAAAGAAGCCGGCACCCACGCCCCGGCCGGCAGCGGCCGCGCCCCUGCGCCCGAGACCCUCCGCCACUACCACGCCGCACAAGAGCUUCGAGGCGGUGGAGCGGCUACGCGCGGCGCACAAGGCGGCCGAGAGGGAAGGGGACGAGAAGAUUGCGCUGACUGACAAAGUCGACGCGCGCAUUGCCGCCUGGCGGGACGGCAAGCGCGACAACCUGCGCGCGUUGCUCAGCAGCCUGGAUACUGUGCUGUGGGAGGGGAGCGGGUGGAAGAAGGUCGGGCUUCACGAGCUGGUGGUGGCCAACAAAGUCAAGUUCGUCUACAUGAAGGCGAUUGCCAAGACGCAUCCUGAUAAGAUUGCGCAAGAUGCUAGCACUGAGGUGCGCAUGAUUGCUGGGACUGUGUUCAGCACACUAAACGAGGCGUGGGACAAGUUCAAGGCCGAGAACAACCUGUGAGCGGGUUAUGAUGAUGAUACGGGCUGGCUUAGAAGGCUGGGGACGAGGGAAGUGGGUGUGGUUUGUAGAUGUUUAUAGAUGAAACGCAUUUGAGAACCAGUCAAAUGUCAUACACGUGAGUUUUGAAACGCAAUUGAAAUAUCC